CAGGCCAACAACAACUCCACGGUGCGCAUGCGCAGCAAAGGACGGAGCGGAGAGGAGACACGAGAUUGUUUAGGCGAUCUGGGGGAACGGAAACGCGAGACCGACACAAAGACAGAUCUGCAGGAUCAUGGGGAGCGUGUUCCUGCCCCCGGACGUGGCCCACUCCGUGCUGCGGCGGCUGCGUAGGGCCAACUUCCUGCUGGAGGAGCUGAAGCAGGGCAACAUCCAGAGGGAGUGCCGGGAGGAGAUCUGCACCUUCGAGGAGGCACGGGAGGCCUUCGAGGACAACGAGAAGACGAGGCGUUUCUGGGCGGAGUAUGUUCGGGAGAGCACGCCAGCGGGCGGCAUGGAGACCGUGAUGGGCGGGGUCCACUCCCUCUACCUGAUCCUGCCGCUGCUGCUGGUGGUGCUGCUGGUGGCCGCGGUGGUCAUCGCCGCGUGGCACUGCCACUCCCGCAAGCGCUCGGAGCGCAGCCCCAGCCUCGGCCCCUCCCACUACGACGCCGGCCUAUCCGUGGUCUCCAUGGAUCAGUGGGGGCGGGAGUACCACAACGGCGACCAGUCGGAGCUCAGCGCGCACAGCAGCCCGGCCUAUCAGAGCUCGGCGAACGCGUCCGGCAGAGCGAGCGCGGGCGGAGACCCGCCCCCGUCCUACGACGAGGCCGUGGGCCAAGCGGACGUCACCGUGGAGACGGAACCGCCGCCGCAGUACGAGGACAUCGUCAAGGCGACCAAUGUGGACAUAAGCAGCGGCUAGUCGGCCCCUCGUAGCUCUCUCCCCCCCCCCCCUCACACCCCCCACAGACGCCCUAACACACACUAAGACCCCCCCCGGGGGGGGAGGACUUCCGCUGGACGCGUGGCGGUGGCGUCAACCUCCCCGUCGUCACACCCAACACGCAGACCUUGUAGCCCGCCCAACGGUUAAAGAACUGUAGUCUGAAACCAGCGCUGGUUAAACUUGCACUAAUGACCCACGAGGCCGCAGAGACGAGGCCGAUACUACAGUACCAAAACACGCCCCACACGUGCCCUUCCUGCAGUUUCACUGGUCUGUGGGCAGGGUGACUCCUACGGGACUGAGCGCGUCAGGCUGUGCAGUGUGUGUGCGCGCGUGCUUGUGUAUAAAAGCGGAACGAGAAUAAAAGUCAUCGGAAUGUACAGAAAGUCCAAGCUAUACGUGUGGUUUUAAGGAAUUUGCUAGAGGCUGAUUGUAGCGGUGUGUUCGUGUGGCCCUGACGGUGUGUGUGUGUGUCUUGGUUCGUCUUGCCUGGCAUGGAUCUGGCUCUGAGCAUGGACACGGGAAGGAAGGGGGGGGCAUUGUUUGCACGUAGAAAGUCCACCCUGGCCUUCUCGCCCGCCUCACGGAAAACAGACAUUUUACUCUCACCACGGAAACCCCCCCCCCACUCUUCACCAGCACUUUCCUGGCUGGGACCAACCAGGUCCAAGGUCCUAUUCUGGUUACAUGGGGCUAGGGACCGUGUCUGAAUGUCUAACGGCUUGAAGAGGAAUAAGGGACUGAGGGGGGGGGGGGGGGGGGGAGAUCAUGCGUGAGGAGUGGAACGCGCCUGUCUUCAGAGAGAACCAUGCAGUAUUAAACGGACAGAGCCAGGUUUAGCAUGUGUAAUGUGUAUAUGGAAUUGUGUACAUGUAUAUAUACUGUAUGUGUGAAUGUACUUUUGUGUCUGUCAUACAUAUUGCAGUGAAUGCAUUGAUACUAAUGUAGCUGUUUUAAGUGGUGAAGGCAAGUGGUGGACAAACUAAGCUAUCUUUAAUGGAUACUAUGGCAGAACCUGGUUUGGUGUUUGGAUCUACACACACAGCAAUAAACAUCAGCCUUACUCGGACACAAGUCACUUCAAGGCAAAUAUGCAAUACUCCUUUGGACAGUCUAGAAGCCAAAUGUAUCUGCUAGAUAUUUAUUAACAUUGAUAAAUGUCAUAUUCUAUACAUGUGAUACUCUAAAAGCACUGAGUUGGGUGAACCUUGGCACUGUUUGUUUGGGGUUUUAAGGCCAUGACCUUGGAAAGGGUUGUAGCCAUUUUGGUUGUUGAACAUUUAAAGUAUAUGAAUAUAGUUCCUCAUCUAACAGAAUUGCAUAAUCCUUUUUAAUAAUACAUGCAGGAGGACAUGUAAAAAAAAAAAUCCUUAGGCUAUAUUCAAAGGCUUGAUUUUUUCUAAUAAAAAAUGUAAAAUGUG